AUGGAAUACAGAACCAUGCUCCAUUUACAAAAAUGUUUAUAUUUUAAUUUAUAUUUAUACAUAAUUUGGGUGACAGUAAUAGGAUUUUUUCUAUAUGCAAAGUUGAAUAGCCUUGGACAUCUAACGAAAUACCUUUCAUUGACAGUAUUCACAUUAUUGAUUGUUAUUGAGUCAGCAAGAAUAUAUUUAGGUCACUAUGGCAACCUUUCUAGAAGGGUACCAGAACUAGCUGGGUUCCUGAUGCUGACAAUUUUGAUGCAAAUGCCUCUAGUCAGCUUCUUCCUCUUCAACCCAUACUUGAUGAGCACCCCCAUGGAGAUCACACUGCACACCAUGUUAUGGUUGCUCACACUCACUGAAGUAGUGUUCAGCUUUAUGGCAUUGAAACAAGCCUCGAAUUUUGCCAAAAGUAUUUACUUAUCCCAACCUAACAACAGAUGA